AUGUCAAAUUUGCGACCAGGCAGACAGAAGGACAGAAGAAAAUAUUUUCACCUCAAUAAGCAGUUCGGUAACAAUCGCUUUGCCAUUUCCAUAAAUAUCAGUUCUUACUUUGGAUCUAAACCUAAGCACUACAUACGUAGCCAAUUUGGGGAUAUCUUAUUCAGCUCUGCUCUAGCGCUCCUUUAUUACGACCAUUUAUUAACAUUAGACGCCGAAAUCAAGUUGAUAUGGAAGCGGUCUAGAAACUCUAGUCGAUAUCUAUUCCUCUUCAAUCGCUAUCUUGCGUUCUUCGGGAACAUCGCGGCCGCAUAUCCUGUAUACUCGUCUUCGUUAACAUUAUCGAGUUGCCGCUAUUUGGUGCUCUACCACAGAAUAUUCAUAGCGCUGACGCAAGCUAUAGUCACUGGCAUACUCAUUCUAAGAGUAUGGUUCCUCGUCUGCUUUUUGGGCGUGCUCGCGCUAGGAACCGCUACAAGCAUUAUUUUAGUUACCGUUAAUGGGUUAAAUACUUCAAACCUAACUGGUGGUCCCAAAAUGGCAAUAGGAUGGGAGGGCAUACUUCUUUUAGAUACGAUUCUCUUUGCCUUGACGCUGUGGAAAGGAUAUCACCACCGUCUUCCGAUAGGCACGAAUAGACUAGGGGUCUCACUUUUUGCCGUCGUAGUUAGAGACGGAUCCAUCUACUUUUUCAUUGUGGCAUCCCUCAAUCUUGCAAACAUCAUUUCGUUCUACCGGUUACAAGGCAACUUCUCUAAUUUUGUUGGAUGUAUAUCAGUAACGCUCAUGUCACGCAUGAUGCUCGAUUUACAUGAAGCUGCCGAAAUGGGGAUCUACACAACCAACGCUCAUGCUUUAACCCAAGAUAUCUGGGUCGACAGAGGUUAUGGCCGCUAA